AUGUUAGCUAUGGCAUCUUUAUCGAUAUCUUUUGGUGAAAACCGGGAGCGACGAGAAACUCCACCAGCCCCUCUCUCAACCGUCCCGUUUCGCCGCGACCCGGACUUUGGCAGUCGCGACACACUGCUCGAUGACAUACAUAGAAAGAUCUCAGCCCCAAGAUCCAGGAUAGCUCUUGUGGACAUCGGUGGUAUCGGUGAGUGCAAGGAGUAUCGAAUACUCCUAUUGAGCCCGACCCCAAUCAUCGGCGACAUAGUAUUCUGGGUCCAUGCAAGUAACGCGGUCCGGUUUGAGCAAAGUUUCCGGGAUAUCGCCGACCAGGUCAAAAUGUUCGGGCUCCAGGAUCCCAAAGUGAACAUAUUCCAACUCGUUCAAAGCUGGCUCCACGAUGGCAAGAGAGGAAAGUGGUUGCUGAUUCUUGAUAAUAUUGAUGACAAUGGGUUCCUUCACCAGCCCUUGGUGACAGGUCAGCAGGGUCUGAAGGUCGGCCAAACCAACGCCUCGACAAAGCCGCUCUUAGGAUUUCUCCCCCAAAGCCCCAACAGAUCAAUAAUUACCACGUGUUGGAGCCAAGAGGUAGCAUUGAGAAUUGUCGAUCACCAGGACAUCAUUAAAGUCGAACCAAUGAAAAAGCCCGAGGCGGUAGAGCUUGUCCAACGGAAAGUUGGACUGCCUGCGGAAACCCCCGAUAUUCUAAAUGAUUAUGAGUCGGGUCAUCUCUAUUGA